UAAUUGAAAUGGCGAUGUGCGAAGGACCGAUGCAGGUGUUCCACGGCCGUAAUUAGUCUAAAGCAACCGGUGACCCCAUGCGGAAAGUGAACGGCGCUUACAGCCUUCUGCACUGAAAAUCAUACAUCAGAGUAACGACGCAUUGGCUAUUUAAAACCCCUUUUACUCAACAUGAACAGCAGCGGACCAGCAUAUCCCCUGGCUUCUUUGUAUGUAGGAGACCUGCAUCCUGAUGUUACAGAGGCCAUGCUCUAUCAGAAAUUCUGUCCUGCUGGACCCAUCAUGUCAAUUCGUGUGUGCCGGGACAUCAUCACCCGCAGAUCUCUGGGAUAUGCCUACAUUAACUUCCAGCAACCAGCUGAUGCGGAGUGUGCCCUGGAUACAAUGAACUACGAUGUUAUCAAGGGCCGACCUAUCCGAAUAAUGUGGUCUCAGCGUGACCCGGGACUCAGGAAGUCUGGUGUGGGAAACAUCUUUAUUAAGAACAUGGAUGAGUCUAUUGACAACAAGGCACUGUAUGACACCUUCUCAGCCUUUGGCAAUAUUUUGUCCUGCAAGGUUGUUUGCGAUGAGAAAGGAUCCAAAGGCUAUGGCUUUGUUCACUUUGAGACUCAAGAGGCUGCAAACCGGGCCAUUGACACCAUGAAUGGGAUGCUGCUCAACGAUAGGAAAGUUCAAGAGACACAUAAUCAUUUGGAAUCUGGCUAUGUCACCACAAAGGCCCAUGUCCUGGGGAAAUACAGUCAGUUGUCCUUGUGUAGUUUUGUUGGCCAUUUUAAGUCACGCAAAGAAAGAGAGGUGGAGUUUGGCACCAAAGCUAUGAAGUUCACCAACGUCUACAUCAAAAACUUUGGUGAAGACUACACUGACGAGAAACUCAAGGAAGUUUUUUCUGCAUUUGGGAGGACUCUCAGUGUGCGGGUGAUGAAGGAUGAGAGGGGCCGCUCACGAGGAUUUGGCUUUGUAAACUAUGCUAACCACGAGGAUGCGCAGAAGGCAGUUGAUGAAAUGAACGGACAAGAGAUCAAUGGGAAAGUCAUCUAUGUAGGUCGGGCUCAGAAGCGGCUUGAGCGCCAAGGAGAGCUCAAGCGCAAGUUUGACCAGAUCAAACAGGACCGAAUCCAGCGCUAUCAGGGGGUGAAUCUGUAUGUGAAGAACCUGGAUGAUAGCAUAGAUGACGAGAGACUCCGGAAGGAGUUUGCUCCUUAUGGCACCAUCACCAGCGCCAAGGUCAUGACAGAUGGCUCCCAAAGCAAGGGCUUUGGCUUUGUCUGUUUCUCUUCACCUGAGGAGGCCACAAAAGCAGUAACUGAAAUGAAUGGGAGAAUUGUUGCAACCAAACCACUGUAUGUGGCUCUGGCUCAGCGGAGGGAGGAGCGUAAAGCGAUCCUGACCAAUAAAUACAUGCAGAGACUUGCAACCAUGAGGACCAUGACAAAUCCAAUCAUUGAUUCAUACCAGCAGGCUGGAUACUAUGUGACUGUACCACAGCCUCCCACUCGCUCCUUCUACAACCACAACGCUGUCAGCAACAUGAGGCCAGCACCACGUUGGACAGGACAACCAGCCAGGCUACAGGGCCCUUACACAACCCAGUCAGUUGGUAGUUCUGCUCCCCGACGUGGUUCGACCCCCAUCGCUACAGUCAGACAGGCCUCCACCCAGGCUCCGCGUGUCAUCACCUCCGCACAAAAGACAAAUAACAUUGGGACCCAGACUGUAGGAGGGCGCACUGACAUGCCUGUGACCCGAAGCAGCCAGUACAAGUACUCGUCUGCAGUGAGAAAUGCCCAGCAGGUCAUUACUGUACCUGCACCCAUAACAAGACUGCAGGUUGUUCCUGCACCUGUGAUGGAGCCACCAGUCCACAUUCAAGGCCAAGAGCCCCUCACCGCCUCGAUGCUGGCUGCAGCUCCACUCAUGGAUCAGAAACAGCUUCUCGGAGAGCGAUUGUAUCCACUCAUCCAUGCCCUUCACCCAAACUUGGCCGGAAAAAUCACCGGGAUGCUGCUGGAGAUUGACAACUCGGAGCUGCUGCACAUGCUGGAGUCGCCUGAGUCCCUGCACUCUAAGGUAGAUGAGGCGAUUGCUGUCCUGCAGGCUCACCAGGCGAAGGAAUGUUCUCCAAAGUGAAGGUCAGACCUUUCAGAUGGCAACGACUUUCUGGAUGAGGAAAAAAAGAGUAAAAUUUUGAAAAAAAAAAAAAAGGAAAAAAAGAAAUGUAUGCGGAUUAAAAUGACAAUGAAGACAUUUGUGAAAUUAAAACUAUUUUGUUGUAGCAUUACCUUUUGUUAAAUGAUAAAGUUUACGGUUUAUGCAUUA